AUGUCGACACAGUAUCGCGAAGUAUGUCAAGAAAGGCUGUUGGAAAAUAACGGCCAACUCUUGAAGGAUUCUGGAUUCCAGCCGUCAUCCUACCAGGUGUAUGAUGCCAGCGCGUCGCACAGCUAUGUUACAGCAAGAUUCAAGCAUUUGAUGACUGAAGACGGCCACGCCGUGAUCACAGGAAGAGAUGCGACAUCAUUUCAGUAUUGUGGGGAUGAGCCGAUUCAAAUUCCUGGAGCCAUUCAGAGCUUUGGCGUGAUGAUCGCGCUGCAAGAAGAAGCCGCCAACCGACUUGUGGUCCGUGUGGUCAGCGAGAACUCCUACGAGCUUAUCGGCUAUUCUGCAGCGCAUUUAUUCGAACUAGAAAGCUUUUGCGACAUCCUGUGUAUUGAUCAAGCAGAGGAGCUAUUGAAACAUGUGAAGUUUGCUCGUGACAAUGUUUUGAACCUCAGUGUGGAUGGCCCUGAGGUUUUCUCACUGGCGAUUGUCUCGACCUCCGGCGAAAUGCGUCACUUUUGGUGUGCUUCGCAUAUCGCACAAGCCCGGAAUGAACUCAUUAUCUGUGAGCUUGAGCUGAAAGAUGACAAGAUCAACCCACUGAAUGAUAAUGGACCCACUUGUCCGCCCUAUCCAAUAUGCACUCUCGGUUAUCUCCCCACUAUUGAGCAAUUUAGUGCCAGCACUACAGUGGUCAGUCAGCCACUCCGAAUGCUCCACAGUCUUCGACAUUGCAAGGAUGAGGCGGCAGUGGUGGAGGUUUUCAGUCUUUUGUCCCAGAUUCAGGAGCAAUUAGGCUCGAUCAGCGACCUUGAUACCUUGCUCAACACAGCUACGGGAGUCAUCAAGGAUAUUACGGGAUUCCACAAAGUUCUGAUCUAUCAAUUUAAUGGCAUGUGGAAUGGCCGUGUUGUUGCUGAAUUGGUCGACCCCAGAGCAACUGUUGACUUCUAUAAAGGGCUUCACUUUCCGUCAUCCGAUAUUCCAGCACAGGCCCGUGAGCUAUAUAUGAUAAAUAAAGUUCGCCUCAUCUAUGAUCGUGACCAAGAAACAUCACGGCUAGUAUGUCGAACACUGGAAGAUCUGGAAAUGCCCUUAGACAUGACACAUUCAUAUCUUCGUGCUAUAUCACCUAUCCAUAUCAAGUACCUCACCAACAUGGAAAUACGGUCCUCUAUGUCAAUCAGCAUCACCUCUCGUGAUAAGUUAUGGGGCUUAAUAUCCUGUCAUUCAUACGGGAAUAAGGGUAUACGCGUCGCAUUUCCAAUUCGCAAGAUGUGUCGUCUAGUAGGCGACAUAAUCUCUAGGAAAAUUGAAUCCCUUUCCGACGCAUCUCAGAUACAAGCUCGGGAGUUAUUAAGUACGCUCCCUAGCCAAACUAACCUAUCAAGGUACAUCAUUACGUCCCCGGAUGAUUUAAUGCAGCUUUUUGAUGCAGACUACGCCGCUAUCUCUUUAUGUGAUGAACGGAAAAUUAUUAGCAAAGAAACAGAAUCGCCUGAAGUCCUUACUAUUUUGGCAUUUCUCUCGGCACAGGAACUAAACUCCGUGGUCGCCUCUCACAAUAUCACCAAUGACUUUCAAGGACUACGUUAUCCUCCGGGCAUCAACACUAUAUCUGGAAUGCUAUAUAUGCCUUUAUCCGCCGAUGGCAGGGACUUCAUGGUCUUCUUGCGCAAGGGUCAAGAAGCGGAAAUUACAUGGGGAGGCAAUCCUUAUUAUACCACGAAGCUUAAGGAGACAGCAAACCACUUGGAGCCCCGUAACAGUUUUGCAGCAUGGCGAGAGACAAUUCGGGGUCAAUCCCGUGAGUGGUCGAAAGAUGAUUUGGAUACAGCCGCUGUAUUGUGCCUCGUUUACGGGAAAUUCAUAAAAGUAAGGCGCCACACAGACUCAGCGUUGCGAGACUCCUAUAUCAUCAAGGUGUUGCUGGAAAAUCCCGCUCAUAUGUUUCACUCGCCGCUAAAUGCAAUCAUCGAAGAUCUUGAGACUUCACUAAGAGGUGCUCUCGAUGCGGACACUCAAGAAAGCUUGGAAAGGUCGUAUCCUGCUUCCAGAUCUUUAGUUUUUAUCAUCAAUGAUCUUUUGGAUAUGUCCAAUACCAAGAAAGGACAAAAUCUUGCCUCUCUCACAAGGGAGCAACACGGUUUUACUGAUCUUGGAAUUCCUUCGAGUGAAUUCAACUUGGGUAUACAUGCAUGGUGUAUCGAUGUGAUCUAUGAGCCCCCCUCAAAGUUGAAUCCUGAUAUACAAGGCUUUUUCCUGGUCGAAUGGCAAACUUUUAGCUUACAAGGCCAAUCAAUGUAG